CCAGGAAGAAAUAGGAAAGAUGUGACGUUUCAUGUGUCGAUUUUCACUGUAAUAAUUCCAAGGAAUGGGUGAUGUUCUGCAGCCCACAGUUUGGUGCAACCCUGGUUUCUUGUGUAUUAUUCAGAUGACACGGGCCAAACACGAGGAUGACGAGUACUGGAACAGCUCAAAAUUCAAAGCUUUCACAUUUGAUGAUGAGGACGACAAGUUUUCUAGGCUGAAAGAGUCCAAACAGGCCGUCAACAGCAUCCUGGUCGAUGAUGAUGAUGAUGAUGAUGAUGAAGAUAAUGUUGAGAGAGUUAACUGGAGUGGAGAACCUGUGGGAAGCAUCUCUUGGUCGGUCAAAGAGACAGCCUCCAGCAUCCGAUCAGGGAGUGAGCAGAGCAUUCCCAAAAUAGACACCACUCCUUCACUGUCCAAACAGGGAUCUGGAUACUCCCUGAGCUCUCUGUUUAAAGCAAAGAGCAAACCUGUUGGUUUUCAGUCCUUCUCAGAGUCCUUUAGGGACACAUCUGCGAGAACAUAUGCACCAGAGCUACGGAGGCCCAAGUCAGAUGGAAAUGAUUUUGUCAGUGACCUGAAUCCAGAGGAAACUCUGAGGAGAAUGCUGAAAGGACAGUCUUACUCCCUGGGAAAGUUCCGCUCUCUGCAGGACAAACUUCUGCUCCUGGAUGAAGCAGUUGCUGUUUAUGAUGGCAACGUCAUCACUGCAGUUUUGAUAUAUCUCAAAAAAUCAUUAAGUAAAGAAAUCCUCUUUCGAGAGUUAAUGGCAAGAGAUGUAGCUUUACGUCAUUACAUUCACUAUUUAAAAGAGAUGGGAGAACAGAAACUUUUGGUGGAAUUACUCAAAGCUCUUGGCAGAACAGAAGAUAUGGCGUUGAUGCAAUACAAGGAACACUUAAAUAUUAAAGAUGAAGGGCGAAGAAGAGAUUUCCUCAAAAAUUGCCUCAGCCUUCCUUUCUCUCAAGAUGAUGCCACUCACGUUCAAGACCACUAUACACUCCUCGAGAGGCAAAUAAUCAUAGAGGCUAGUGACAAGAAGGCGCAGGAAGACAUCUUUAAGAAGUUCCCCAGAAAAGCAUCUAUAUUAAAUAUGCCAAUCAUCACCACACUCUACUACUCCUGCUUCUAUCAUUAUGGAGAGUCAGAGGGAACUUAUAGCAGCCCUGCGAACAUUAGAAAAACCUUCAGGAUUUCAGAAAAGCAGUACGUUCUAACAGCUCUUGGUGCGAGGGCAAAGUUGAAAUCAUGGUUUGAUGUGGAUAGUCUCUUCAACACCAAGAACUGGCUGGGAUACACAAAGAAAAGAUCCCCCAUUGGCUUUCACAAAGUGGUGGACGUCCUGCAGAAAAACAAUGCACCUGUACAGGUGCUGCAGGACUAUAUGAACCUCAUCGAUGACCCAGAGCUCAAGCUUAGUAUGGCUCUGAAAUAUAAAUGCCAUGACACUGUCAUCAAUACAUACCGAGACCUGAAGGACCGGCAGCAGCUUACUGAGUACAAAGAAAAGUUGGAACGGGACUCUGUUGAAUACAGGAAGAUUCAAGAACUCCUCAAUAAUGGGCAAAUCAGAUGGAAAAACUGACACAUGGACCCUGACACAAGGCAGUGGUGGGCAGGUUGUAGUAAAUCUGUGUUAAACAACUCUCAAAGACAAUACUGCACAAACAAACAAAACACCAUAAAGCUGUCUAAUAAGGAGCCUUCUCACAGUUAACACUGGACAAACAGGACUGAGAGAUCCUCAAUUUGCUCAAAGUCUCAAGAGCAUCGACUGCUUCAAAGAACUAAUGGUCCCUUCUGCUUUAUCCAGUGGGAUAAUCCUCUUGCAAAUGUAUCAAGUCUGCUCAGUACAUUUACAUUUAUGCAUUUGGCAGACACUUUUAUCCAAAGCAACUUACAGUGCCCUUAUUACAGGGACAAUCCCCCUGGAGCAACCUGGAGUUAAGUGUCUUGCUCAAGGACACAAUGGUGGUGGCUGUGGGAAUUGAACCAACAACCUUUUGCUUACCAUUUCAGUGCUUUAGUCCACUACGCCAUCACCAGUAUGAUUGUAAACCUGCCAAGUGUCCUUCUGCCAACUCUACAGGUGAACACUGAUGAACAUUUCAACUGAAAUAAGGAAGGCAACAUCAGCGGUUACUGACUUGUGCAACAUAUUACUCAUCUCUUAACUCUUCACACCCUUUUCCUUUUUCCCAUGUAUAAAUGUAUGAACAUUCCUUAUCAACUAUUUUUUUAUAUAUUAAAGAUAAUAUAAACAGUUGAAGUCAGAAGUUUACAUACACCUUAGCCAAAUACAUUUAAACUCAGUUUUUCACAAUUCCUGACAUUUAAUCGUAGAAAACAUUCCCUGUCUUAGGUCAAUUAGGAUCACUAUUUUAAGAAUGUGAAAUGUCAGAAUAAUAGUAAAGAGAAUUAUUUAUUUCAGCUUUUAUUCCUUUCAUCACAUUCCCAGUGGGUCAAAUGUUUACAUACACUUUGUUAGUAUUUGGAAGCAUUGCCUUUAAAUUGUUUAACUUGAGUCAGACAUUUUGGGUAGCCAUCCACGAGCUUCUCAUAAUAAGUUGCUGGAAUUUUGGCCCAUUCCUCCAGACAGAACUGGUGUAACUGAGUCAGGUUUGUAGGCCUCCUUGCACGCACACGCAUUUUCAGUUCUGCCCACAAAUAUUCUAUCGGAUUGAGGUCAGGGCUUUGUGAUGGCCACUCCAAUACCUUGACUUUGUUGUCCUUAAGCCAUUUUGCCACAACUAUGGAGGUAUGCUUGGGGUCAUUAUCCAUUUGGAAGACCCAUUUGCAACUGAGCUUUAACUUCUGGCUGAUGUCUUGAGAUAUUGCUUCAAUAUAUCCAUAUAAAUUUCCUUCCUCACGAUGCCAUCUGUUUUGUGAAGUGCACCAGUCCCUCCUGCAGCAAAGCACCCCACAAUAUGAUGAUGCCACCCCCAUGCUUCACGGUUGGUAUGGUGUUCUUCGGCUUGCAAGACUCACCUUUUUUCCUCCAAACAUAACGAUGGUCAUUAUGGCCAAAGAGUUCAAUAUUUGUUUCAUCAGACCAGAGGACAUUUCUCCAAAAAGUAAGAUCUUUGUCCCCAUGUGCACUUGCAAACUGUAGUUUGUCUUUUUUAUGGCAGUUUUGGAGCAGUGGCUUCUUCCUUGCUGAGCAACCUUUCAGGUUAUGUCGAUAUAGGACUUGUUUUUCUGUGGAUAUAGAUACUUGUCUACCUGUUUCCUCCAGCAUCUUCACAAGGUCUUUUGCUGUUGUUCUGGGAUUGAUUUGCACUUUUCGCACCAAACUACGUUCAUCUCUAGGAGACAGAAUGCGUCUCUUCCCUGAGCAGUAUGAUGACUGCGUGGUCCCAUGGUGUUUAUACUAGCAUACUAUUGUUUGUACGGAUGAACGUGGCACCUUCAGGCAUUUGGAAAUUGCUCCCAAGGAUGAACCAGACUUUUGAUUUUACCAUGAUGUCAAGCAAAGAAGCACUGAGUUUGAAAGUAGGCCUUAAAAUACAUCCAAAGGUACACCUCCAGUUCAGUACACCUCCUAUCAGAAGCUAAUUGGCUAAUUGCCUAACUUGACAUUCAUUUUCUGGAAUUUUCCAAGCUGCUUAAAGGCACAGUUAACUUAGCGUAUGUAAACUUCUGACCCACUGGAAUUGUGAUAUAGUCAAUUAAAAGUGAAACAAUCUGUCUGUAAACAGUUGCUGGAAAAAUUACUUGUGUCAUGCACAAAGUAGAUGUCCUAAACGACUUGCCAAAGCUAUAGUUUGCUAAUAUUAAAUCUGUGGAGUGGUUAAAGAAUUAGUUUUAAUGACUUCAACCUACAUGUAUGUAAACUUCUGACUUCAACUGUAAUACUUUACAAUUAUUUGAGAACUGUCUGGUACAAGCUGUCUGGUUAUUACGUGACUUCAGUGUUCGAAUUGAGUCAGAGAUCUUGGGGGGUUCCCUUAUAGAGCAUGUGGUGUGUUUAAGUGCAUGUUUAAAAUCUUUUUCUAGUUUUGAUGAAACGGCAGAUGACCCACCAAGUUAAAUUUUUAGGGCAUUAUGUGGGGUCCCUUAACUCUGAUACCCCCAGCCCCCCCUCAAUUAGAACACUGCGUGACUCAGAAUCUGAAGCAUUGUGUUUUUGUUGUUUCUACAAAGUGUUUUAUGCAGUCAAAUUUUCUGAUAGAUAAUAGGCUAACCACACAGUUUCUGUAAACUGGUGUUGUUUAUAGUCUGACUUAUAACUACAGAUUGAUAUAAUAUCAGUAUGAGCCAGGGAGUUCCCCUAUGGUAUCCUUUGAGGGGACUUUUAAUCAUUUAUAUUAUCACUUCGGAGAAAAGCGUCUGCUAAGUAACUAAAAGUGAUUGAUUGUA